CUUUGUGGGAGUCGAAGAGAGCGCACGUGCGGGCAGCGCCGUAGAGUUACGUUAUUGAACUUGAACUAGUGUUGUGACGAGUGCGUGAGGAAUAAAGUUCACGAUUUUGAAACCCUCACACCAUGGACGACUGAACAAACAGACAGUGCUAUUUUAAUAUUAGUGAAUUAAAAGACUGAUAGGUAAUAUUAUUGUGUUCAAAAUGGAGUCCAAACAUCACAUUUUGGCCGCAGCAGCAUUUUUAAUUAUAGCUGCAUCAUGGUGUGAGGGUGCCCGUGACGCCUCCUGCCCCAGGAUCUGCGGUCCCAACCUGCAAGGAGAGCCUGUCUGCGCCACAGAUGGGUACAUCUACCCUUCCCUCUGUGAGAUGAGGAAGAAGACUUGUGGAAAAGGUGUUAGAUUGGCUCAAGACCAAGGCUCGUGCUCCCGCGCCCAGGGCUCCAAAUGCGAGCAUCGCUGCACUUCUGAACGGGACCCUGUGUGCGGUACCAACGGCCGGACGUAUCUGAACAGAUGUAUGCUGCAGGUGGAAAUUUGCAGAGUGGGCAUCGGUCUCUCUCACUUAGGUGCUUGCAACAACAUGAGCGCUCAUCGGGAGAACUGCCCUGUCGACUGCUCCCAGGCUCCAUUGGACGGACCUAUUUGUGGUUCUGACGGGAACGUCUACAAGAGCACCUGCCAUAUGAAACUGAUGACCUGUGGACAAGGAGUGGUCCGGACGAGUAAGAAGCACUGCCAAACGACCAGACACUGUCGCGAGUCCUGCUGGAGAGUCGCCCGCCCCACGUGCGGUUCAGAUGGAAAACUGUACGCGAAUGCUUGCAGAAUGAAGGCAACAAAUUGUGGUAAACAUGUCUUCGAAGUACCCAUGGCAUUCUGCGUGUCUCAAGAGAGGACGUCUGGCGGAGAAUACUGCCCCACCGACUGCUCUGGGCAGAAAGAGAAGCUGGUGUGUGGAUCUGAUGAGAAUAUCUACAGGAACGAGUGUGAAAUGAAGAUGCUUAAUUGCGGAGUUAGCAACAGGAAAAUCGUGAAGAAAGUGGACAUGGAGAAAUGCCGGUCUAAGAUGAACAAGUGCCUGAAAGUGAAGUGUCCCACCGACCAGGAUCCAGUUUGCGGCACUGACGCGAACGUGUACCAAAACUCGUGUCAUCUGAAAGUUGCGACUUGCCUCAAAGGUGUACAAUUAGCUCACUUCGGCAACUGCACGCUGCUGCCUCGCCUCGAGAUCGACUGUUCAGACAAUUGCGACAACGCUGUGGAGCAGCCUGUAUGUGGGUCUGAUGGAAAUGUUUACAAGUCCGAAUGUGAGCUGCGUCGCCUAACUUGCGGUCAACACGUGGUAGCAGUUUCAGCGUCACACUGCCGUACUACCGCCUUGUGUCACGAAGCAUGUCCGGACACGCCCGCCUUCGUCUGCGGUUCCGAUAACAGGUUCUACAAGAACGAGUGUCUGAUGAAGAAGGAGAAUUGUGGAAAACACGUCUUCGUGGUCCCCUUGAAGCGCUGCCUCGCUCGCUUCCAGUACUCAGGCUGCGCACGCGUCUGCCCUCCGGAAUACGACCCGGUUUGCGGAACUGAUGAUAAGACGUACUCUAAUAAGUGCUUCCUCGAGAUGGAGAACUGCAGGUCCAGAAGUCUCGUGUCACUGAAAUACUUGGGAACAUGCACCGAACCCAUCGCAGAGGAACCGAAGAACUAUUUGUAUCGAUAAAUUACUCGAGUCAAUCGAACCGCUUCUAGGAUAUCGUUAUUAUUAGUGCCAACUAUGUAUAAAACCAGUUCAUAUCUCUGUCUUCCAUGUAUUUUAACUUUAAGAAUGUAUUUAAUAAGGCGUGUUAACACUAAUGGUGUGAUAGAUGUUAUAUACUCCCGAUUCUUUAUAGCUUUCCAAUCGGUUACAUUUUUAUCAGAGAUUUCUUGAUGUUUUGACAAUUCACUACA